GCAUGCCAAUCAGAUAAGAGUACAUAGCCCAUUUUAAAUGUAAUCCACGGCACUUCUCUGUCUUCCUAAAUUGGUGUUUAAUUAGAGACCAUGCUCUCGCUGCGUUAUUCUGAUCUCAAAGGAGCCACGGCUGAGCUGUGUUAGCCGAAGGAGUCCUCCGAGGCAGCUCACGGUUUAGCCCCGGGAAGGCCGUGGCAUCCAGAGCUGUCUGUGUGUGGAGAGGCGCCCCGCCAUUUUCGGAUCGCACCUUCCACUCACGCCUCCGCGGGCCGCCCCACCGGGGCAGCCGCUCUGCGGGCUCUCCGAGACCUGCCCGGGCGGGACGUGUGCCAGCUCGGGCCCCUCUUCUCGCCUGACAGCCACAGCGGCGUCCGGCUGGCAGUGAGGACCGCCACCAUGGCGACCCGCCCCGCCUUCUCCUCAGGGCGGCCGGGAGACUCCGCCCCGCCGCCGCCCCACAAUCCUCUGCUCUCCGGCCCUCGCAAGAUGGCGCCGCUGGGGGCUCCGCGGAGCCUGGCGGCGGCCGCCUCCUGCAAGCGACGCCUGCUGGCCCUCGCCCUGCUGCGGCCUCCGGCGGCCGCCGCCGCCUGCGCGCAGGGCUGGCUUGCGGGGAGCGGGCGGUCGCGGGCUCGCGCGGCCCCGGGGAGCGGCCAGAUUCCACCAAUCUGCAAGCAAAGAUCAUGGCACAUUCUGGGGGGAGAUUAUUCAAGGCCGUUAUUAGAGGCUUCAGAGAUUCUCCCGAGGUGGCGACUGAUGGAAAAGAGAAUGUGCUGGCAUGGUCAUGCAGGUGGAGGGCUUCACACAGAUCCAAAGGAAGGGCUGAAGGAGAUCGAUGCCAAAAAGAUUAUCAGAGCAAUGUUGUCUUAUGUGUGGCCCAAAGACAGACCAGACCUGCGAGCCAGAGUAGCCGUAUCUCUGGGGUUCUUGGCAAGUGCAAAGGCCAUGAAUAUAUUGGUUCCCUUCAUGUUUAAAUACGCAGUGGACAACCUCAACCAGGUAUCUGGGAACGUACUCAACCUCAGCGCGGCUCCAAAUACAGUGGCAACGGUGGCAACGGCUGUUCUCAUUGGCUAUGGUAUCUCAAGAGCUGGGGCGGCGUUAUUUAAUGAAGCUAGAAAUGCAGUAUUUGGGAAAGUAGCUCAAAAUUCAAUCAGAAGGAUAGCAAAGAAUGUUUUCCUGCAUCUUCAUAACCUGGAUUUGGCGUUCCAUCUAAGUAGGCAAACCGGAGCUCUGUCAAAAACCAUCGACAGAGGAACAAGAGGCAUCAGUUUUGUUCUUAGCGCUUUAGUAUUCAAUCUGGGACCUACCAUGUUUGAAGUGGCACUGGUCAGUGGAAUUCUGUAUUACAAAUGUGGUGCAGAGUUUGCUUUAGUAACUCUGGGGACACUGGGAGCCUAUGCAGCAUUCACGAUAGGAAUUACGCAGUGGAGGACUAAGUUUCGAAUAGAAAUGAACAAAGCAGAUAACGAUGCAGGUAAUGCUGCAAUUGACUCGCUACUAAAUUAUGAAACUGUGAAGUAUUUCAAUAAUGAAAAAUAUGAAGCCCAACGGUAUGACGAAUUCUUGAAGAGAUAUGAAAAUGCCUCCCUGAAGACUACCUCUACUUUAGCUCUGCUGAACUUUGGGCAGAGUGCUAUAUUUAGCAUUGGCUUAACGGCCAUCAUGGUGCUUGCUAGCCAGGGCAUUGUUGCAGGCAGCCUUUCUGUUGGAGAUCUAGUAAUGGUGAAUGGAUUGCUGUUCCAGCUUUCUCUUCCCCUAAACUUCCUGGGAACAGUAUACAGAGAGACAAGACAAGCACUUAUAGAUAUGAAUACCUUGUUUACACUUCUCAGUGUAGAUACCAAAAUUAAAGACAAAGAGCUGGCUCCGCCCCUGCAGAUCACACCACAAACGGCUGCCAUCGCCUUUGAUAAUGUGCAUUUUGAAUACCUUGAGGGGCAGAAAGUCCUUGCUGGAGUCUCUUUUGAAGUCCCUGCAGGAAAGAAAGUGGCCAUUGUAGGAGGUAGUGGGUCAGGGAAAAGCACAAUUGUGAGAUUAUUAUUUCGUUUCUAUGAACCUCAAAAAGGAAAUAUUUAUGUUGCUGGACAGAACAUACAAGAUAUCAGUUUGGAAAGUCUGAGAAAGGCAAUAGGAGUUGUACCUCAGGAUGCUGUUCUCUUCCACAAUACUAUCUAUUAUAAUCUGCUCUACGGCAAUAUCGGUGCAACGCCAGAACAGGUAUAUGCAGUAGCAAAGUUGGCAGGAAUCCACGAUGCUAUUCUUCGAAUGCCGAAUGGUUACAACACUCAGGUUGGUGAACGAGGACUCAAGCUCUCAGGAGGAGAAAAGCAGAGAGUUGCAAUUGCUAGAGCAAUGCUAAAGGAGCCACCUAUUUUUCUCUAUGAUGAAGCCACAUCAUCUUUAGAUUCAAUUACAGAAGAGAACAUUCUCAAUGCCAUGAGGGACAUGGUGAAGCACCGGACAUCGGUUUUCAUCGCUCACAGGUUGUCGACAGUAGUUGACGCCGAUGAAAUCAUUGUGCUGGAUCAGGGUAAAGUUGUGGAACGCGGUAGACACGCAGACCUCCUUGCGAGUCCUAACAAUCUCUACUACGAAAUGUGGCACACGCAGAGCAGCAAAGUACUAAAUAGCCACAACAAUCCAAAUUGGGAAGAGAGAAAUAAUCGGAUGUCCAAAGAGGAGGAAAGGAAGAAACUAGAAGAAGAAGUUAUGAACAGCGUGAAAGGCUGUGGAAACUGUUCGUGCUAAGUGUGAUCCUGGAUUAAUCUUCUAGAACAGGUUAAAACUGCACAAGAUUACAAUGACACGCAGCUCUUGUUUCUAAAAAACUUUCAGCAUUCAAAAACUUCCUGGGUUUUGCAGUUUUUGGGUUUUACAUUUCUCAGAGGGACAUAAUUUCAACCAAAGGAGUUCUAUUUUUACAUCUUUAGAAAUCUCUAUUAUUCAGUGGCAUCUGCAAGAGCUGAGCUUUUUCAAAAACUUUAAACUUCUCAACUGAGAGUGUAAUUUAUGGCAAUUUUAGGCAUUGGUAAGUUCUCCUGGUAGUCGCUUGAGGUGGAUUAUUCGAUUGUAAACAGAUUUGUCCUUGGUUUAUCUUAUUUCUCAUCGUUAAUGAUUGAUAAAUAUGUCAUGUUUUAAUUGCAAUUGGGCUAAUUUUGAACUCAUUUGCUAGUGAGGAAGAUGCAAUUUUAAAUUCUUCAGUGCAGUUCUGGUUUAAAACAUUCUUCCUUGUAAAGAAUAAGAAAAGCCUCAACAAAAUAUUAGAGGUUUCUAAUAGCAAACUAAAUAUUGGAAUUACCUGUUUCACCCUGCAAAAACACCUUUCACCCGGGACUAUCAGGAAAUGUAUUGGUAUUAUUCUAAAAAAAACCCUAACAGUAUUUUUAAGAGCUUGCAAAAAUCUGGAAUUGACAAAAUAUUGUGUGACUUCACAGAAAACAUCAAAAAUGUUAUAUGUAAAUAUGAAGAAUCGGAAGUUUCCCUUAAAUGAAAAAAAACCUCCAAGUUCAGGAUUCUGUGUCCUCAACAUCUGCUGUAGUAGUCAAAGCGGAAUACAGUCACUUUUUCUAUUUCAGUCAUGGACUUAGGGAGCAAUUAAGAUUCAAUAAAGACUUCCAUAAAUUUC